GCAUGUGUGUGUGUGUAUCCUCCCCGGCCGCAUGAGAUGAGCUGCCUGCAGUCUUUGCGGCCACUGUUUUCGCCUCCUCCUCCUCCUCCUCCUCCUCCUCCUGUCUCUAUCUGUCCAGUCCGGGUAUGUUGACCACAGUGUUCUGAUCCAACGCCGCCGAGAGUCUCUUCAUCUCCGGGUCCGUCUCUGAGGCUCGUAGCCUCCUCUUCCUCCACUGAUCUGAUCUGAUCUGGCUGUAAGGUUCUGCUCUGUCCAUCUCGUGUCCAAACUGAUCCGACCAAGCACAUUGUGCGAGAGAGCUGAGAGGCGCAAAACAUGGCUGUGGCCGGAUGUCCAGAUUAUUUCCUGCAUCAUCCAAAUUAUCAGCAGGACAAUAUAGACCGGUCCUCCAAUCACAGACAAGCUGACCUCAUUGGUCCGAGCUUCCAGCAAUCAGCCAAUCGGAGUUCUCCGAACCAUCAAGAGGAUGACGUCGAUCUAGAGGCCCUGGUGAAUGAUAUGAACUCUUCGCUGGAGAGCCUGUACUCCACCUGCAGUGGUCAGCAGACAGAGUCCACCCCACUACUGCACAAUGGACAGACCUCUUCCUCACAUCAACACCACCACCACCACCAUCACAUGCAACACAACCAGCCUCGGCAGGGUCAGCACUCACACGCGCUUAGCCACGUCUCCCCGGAGCCGCCCUCCGCGGACUCGCCCCAAACCGGCCUCCGACGGUCACAACCCAUGCACAUUCUCGCUGUCAGGAGGUUGCAGGAGGAGGAGCAGCAGCUGAGGACAUCGUCUCUCCCGGCCAUCCCCAACCCCUUCCCCGAGCUCUGCAGUCCAGCCAGCUCCCCUGUCCUCAGUCCUGGGUCUCUACCUCCUGGAGAACCCUCCGCUGACAUAUAUAUUGUGAAGAUCUUCAGUGAAGACGGCAUGGGGAAAGUGGUAGAGAUCCCGGCCGACAUGACAGCCAGGGACCUGUGCCAGCUCCUGGUUUAUAAAAGCCAUUGUGUGGACGACAACAGUUGGGCACUUGUUGAGCACCACCCGCUGCUAGGGCUAGAGCGCUGUCUAGAAGACCACGAGCUGGUGGUUCAGGUCCAGGCCUCUAUGAACAGCGACUGCAGAUUCCUCUUCAGGAAGAACUAUGCCAAAUAUGAAUUCUUCAGAAACCCUCUGACAUUUUUCCCAGAGCAAAUGGUUGCAUGGUGCCAGGAAACCAGCCGUACAAUUCCACCAUCUCAGCUCCUUCAGAACUUCCUAGCAACCAGUAGCUGUCCAGAGAUCCAGGGGUUUCUGUAUGUGAAGGAGGUGGGGAGGAAGUCGUGGAAGAAAGUUUACGUGUUCCUGCGGCGCUCGGGACUCUACUGCUCUACAAAAGGAACCUCAAAGGAGCCCAGACAUCUACAGUUUCUAGCAGACCUCGAAGACAGCAACAUCUUCACUGUCAUCACAGGCAAAAAGCAGCACGGUGCGCCCACGGACUACGAGUUCUGUAUCAAGCCCAAUAAAUGUCGAGGGGAGUUGAAGGAGUUGAGGAUACUGUGUGCGGAGGAUGAGCAGGGCAGGACCUGUUGGUUGACUGCGUUCCGGCUCUUUAAGUAUGGGAUUAUGUUGUACCAGAAUUAUAAGAUUCCCCAACAAAGAAAAACCUUACUGUCACACUUCUCAGCACCUGUGCGGAGUGUAUCGGAGAACUCCCUUGUGGCGAUGGAUUUCUCAGGGAGGAUAGGCAGGGUCAUUGACAACCCCGUAGAAGCUCAGAGCGCCGCCAUGGAGGAGGGACACGCGUGGAGGAAGAGGAGUCAACGAAUGAACACAUUAGGCUCCCACAGUCCACUACACCACUCCUCGCUAAGCUCAGUCAUCCACAUAGCCCAGUUGUGGUUCCACGGCAGGAUAACCAGAGAAGAAUCCCAUCGCAUUAUCCACCAGCUGGGACAAGUCGAUGGGUUGUUUCUGCUGAGAGUCAGUCAGAGUAACCCCAAGGCGUUUGUGCUCACAUUGUGCCAUCACCAGAAAAUCAAACAUUUCCAGAUACUACCGUGUGAAGAGGACGGCCAAGUCUUCUUCAGCCUUGACGACGGCGCCACCAAAUUCACCGACCUGAUUCAGCUGGUGGAGUUCUACCAGCUCAACAGAGGAGUGCUGCCUUCUAAACUCAAACACCCGUGCACCGUCGUGGCCUUAUGACAUCUUCGGAUCAUCUGACCCCCCCAUGAACCCCUAUCACUUGACCUGACUCUGCCUAAAACAAACAAAACAACUAUACUGUUGGUUGGUCCUUUUUUUGUUUUUAUCUUUACAAGAAGCUGGUGAAUUGACUGAUGUUUCGUUGUCAUUUUAUACUGUCGCGAGUCCGCCGGAGACUGCUGACUUGUUGGAAUCCUUUUUUUUUGCAUGGAUGUUUGAGGAGUCGGAUGCACAACUUGCUCGCGAGGUGCCUCAAGUCGAGAAGAGAGAAGAUAAAGGAAAUGAACACUGCCGUUUGUGUCAAUGUUGUUGCAGAAUCUUCCACAAUCUUGCUACCCAUAGUCAUCAAUAAGCUUGGACACAUUGUUUUAUGACGCAGCUCAAGAAUAGACUGUGUUUCCUCUUCAACUGGACAAUCAGCAGUGUGGACCGCUCUGCUCUCUGAGAACAAACUGUAGUCUCAUUCAAACGUCCUCAAAACAUAUACUGGAGAUGGAGAGUUGAUUGUCUCUUUUUAGUUUUGCACUCAUGGAACUGGGAGUGGCCUUUGACUGUGCAUGACUUCUCAGCUGUCUUAACUGUGAGAACUGUGAGCCCUCUAGUGUCGUAGGCACGUAAGGACAUGUCAAAAAUUCAACACCGAUGAGAUUUUGGAGGCGCCGUGAAGGAGUGUGAAUCCUUUUUUAACCUUGGAAACAUCAGAAGUUUGUCGAGUCAAACUAGACUGGAGAAACACGGCUAACGGAAAAAUCUGGAUCUGUUGAAACAAAGUAUUUUUUUUUUUUAGUGAUAUGCAUUGUCCUCGCUCACAGAAAUGUAUUUUUUGCUCAUCUCUCACCACACAGGGUUUCUUUUUUUCAAUGAUACAUUCAUUGCAGUUAUGUAUUGUUAUCAAUAGUCUCUUUAAUAAUAUAUUUUUUUAAAAGCCCACCUUUUGCAUUCUGGAUAUUUGCAACUCUUCAUUAUUCACACACGCACACACAUGAAGUCAUUCAGUACUUGUCAUUCUAUUGCAUGCUCCAUUUCCCUAAAGUACGUCUCAUGUCACUCCCGCGAAAAAUGAAUUAAUCAGACCAUGGUGUCAUUCAGGGUGAAAUAACAAGUAAUAAAGCUAGAGGAAGUUUGCAACCAGGUAGACAGUUUUGGUGAAGUUGGAAAGUGAAACCAGGUUUGGGGGGAGUUAGUAAGUGCACCCAGAUGCAGGAGUUCACUGCAGGCAAAGAGGCAUGAUGACACCUGUUGCAAAAAGAUGAAGUGGGACAAUGGAGAGUAUCAAUACUUUGUUUAAUUCUCCUCACCACAGCACGGGGAAGGAUAACCACUAGCAUUUCCUUCGGGUGUUUUUCAAGUGACGGUAAAAUCAAAGGAAACAAAUAAUAUAAUCUUUGUUAAAACUAAAUGUGAUCACCCUAGAGAGAAACAGCAGAUCUUGUGAGGAAACAUCUGUCCUGGUUCUGGACCCUCUUUUCAUACAGAUUUCACAUAUUCAUAUAUCUCCCAAACUACUGUAUCUGUUGGACGUCAGUGAGAUGCCGUCAGACAUAAAUGUGGCUAUAGGAGCAUGGUUUAAGUGUGCAUUACAUUCCAUAUGAUGCUGCCUUUUUCUGCCUGGAAGUACUUGUGAACGAACAGUAUCACAUAUACACUUUAACUGCGUGCUGCGCGCCAACCUCUUCAUCAAUUCAGGCAGACUGUCUACGAAAAGUUAGCUGUUGCUACAGUGUGGGAAAAAACUAUGUAAAGAGAGAAGGGUAUUGAAAAGACAGCUGCCUCUCCCUUUCUUAUUUCUCUAAGCCUGCUGUCUGAUUAAGUGAAAAUACACCAUCAGCGGUGUGGCAGAAAAACUGAAAAUUUUUAGGACUCAGACUUCUGAUUGCAAAAGUACUACAGGGCACACUUUGAUUAUUUGAACCCUUCAUUUUAAUUUACUGAAUUACCUCUGGUACAUGAUUUGUGUUUUUGAUCUAGGAUAAUGAGAGCAUCCGACUGAAAAUAGAGGACGUAAAACUCUUCCUGAGUUAGUUUGAGGGCACUGGAUACGCCUACAUUGUGUCCCAGACAGUCAAAACUAAGUAUUUGAACGGAUUACCCUUUGUGUUUUGGCCAAGUCUGCGAUGGAGCUCCUGUAAUUAACUAUAGUGAAAGGAAGAUUUCGGCACGGUCUCCUGGAGAUUACCUGGAUCAAAUUUAGGGAUACUUUUUUAGCACCUGUUGAUCAUGUCUAGCAGAAUGGAAGUAAAUGGAUAACACAUGAAGGGCAUUCAGGAGGUAAAUGCCCAACGUUAUUGGAAAUAUUUCUGAUGAUAUUCAUAAUCAGAGUCCGUCACUCCCAGUAAUUUCGGUUCAUAAUCACCCUCUUUGAAAUGUCGCACCACAAGCGUCUGUUUUCUUUCUUCUUUUUUUUUUAUUAUUCCAUGACUAUACAUGACAUUUCUAAAAACUCACACUUUAUUUAGUCCAAGCUUUGUUGGCAGCUCUGGUUAGGUCACCACUCAGCAGACAAUUAGAUAUCUAUUUGUAUGUUCCUGUAAUGCAACAUCAACAGCCAUGAUUUAUUUACCUGCAGGUUAUCUUACGGUAUAUUGAACAUCUGAGAUGCAGAAUAGCCGCACCACAUUGACUCUCUGUGCGUGGUCACCAUUAUUUAUCUAAGAUGCAAUGACUCAAUCAUUUUUUUUUAAGUAUUGUUGCAGCAAAAUGUAUUUAUUUAUCUGGAUGUGACUGAUUACUUGAAAAUUUUAGAUUUCUUUUUCUCAGCGCUGUUCUGUUUUCUACUGUCAUUACCAUGAAAUGAUUGAACAGUGUGAUUUAUUAUUAUUAUUAUUAUUAUUAUUAUUAUUAUUAUUAUUGUAAUGACAUAGCAUCUUUUGUUCUUUUUUUGUUUUAUUCAAAAAUAAUUUGGUCAUCUUCAAUACUUGUUAUGAAGUAAUGUUUUAAAGCACACUGGCGUCCGUAGUGUUAACAUUGUCAUUCCAAUAGAUGACAGGUGGAAUGUUACGAAACUGAAAACAAAAUAAUACCUCAGUUUCCCAAAGCAUUAGGCACUAUUAUUUAUUUUUUUUAGAUCUUUAAUUUUCUCAUUUCUCCCAGAUUUAUAAAAAUAUCUCCCGUUAAGAAUCCCAACCCUUUUAUGUUAAAAAAGCCUCAAGUGUUCUCUUCGUCACUCUUUUGCGUUAAGGAAAAAUAGAUAUGAAUAAACCCACAAAUGUUUUGGGAAACUAGGUUAAGUAAGCCUCGACAUUCUCAUAACUCACUGUUUAAAACACCUUGCCUUGGAGAAAGAAUUGUAGAAAUUUAGAUGUAGAAGAAACAGCCCUUUACAUUCAACUUCUAUUAGAUUCGAUGUAAUUGAAGAAAUGCAUAACUGCAAUCCCCCAGCACGCAUACAGACAUAAUAUUUUAUACCCUGAAAACUGCAAUGAGCAGGAAUGUGACAAUUCCAUGUAAGUCAAACCAUACCGGAGCAUUGUUAGAUGGGUGACAGCAGAAUGAAGAAACUCAAUUUAGUAGGUUUUAUCAUUUGCAUGAAUGUGGAUUUUAAUGUGUUGAGAUUCUGUCCCUGCUAUUCGAUAUGUGGAUAUUUGGAGGAAUCUGGAUUAUAACAAUACAUAAAUAAUAUUGUAGUUGCUGAAAGUCAUCUUAAACUAUUGAGACGUCACUGAAAUGUUGAUGCUAGCUGUUUCUAAAUGUUAAUCUAAGUCCCCUGAAAUUCAACUCCCACUCUGCACUCAUCCUCAAACUCCCAAUAUCAUUUCUUUUUUUUUUCUGACUGACGUGAAUGGUAGCAGAUGUCAACAUGUGAGGUAGCCUUUAAGGUGGAGUGGGUAUUUGCAUUGUCAUAUUUACUUACUCCAAAUGCAAAAGGCAGAAAGUAAAUUCAAUUAGUGAACACAUGAAAAAUAAAUCAGGGGAUUUGGAUGUCCAUGUUUUUACACUUAACAGAAAUGAAUGUAACUGGGUUGCUCAGGGUUGACUUGGAGCAUAAACUUGGAGCAUGUUAAAAACUACUGGUCCACCGGCUCUCUUGGAUCUUUAUGUUCAAGAUGAUGAUGGAUUCAUAAAUGUUAGUUUCAGUAAGCUGGGAGUUAUUAUUGACAGACUUUUGUCCAUUAUGUGCACCACCAAUCUGCUAGUUGUGAUUACUUGAAAAAUGGAGUAGAUCCAGUACUAUUUAAAGAGUACGGUUAACAGUGUUGUUCAUUCUAUUUUUUGUUUAUAUAAAAAAAAAAGCCUAAAAUACUUGCCUGGCUACCAGAGCUGAUUUAACCUCAGUCAUCACAUAUUGGCAACAACAGGUGACACAUUUCAUAAAACAUUCUCAAUUUUUGUGCUAUCAAUUCUAGUAAUUUGGAAGAAAUUAUAAUGUAAUCCCAUAAAUUUCAUCAUAUUACUAAUAGACACUCAAACAUGUAAAUAAAAUAGCUGCCAGUGGAGCGCAGCGUCAGUUUUGGUAGCCAGGUAACUUGUAACCACAGAUGGUGCCUCUGAUGACUUCUCUUUCUCUGCACAAACCAGACCGAACACGUGGACCAAAUGACAGACAAAACUACCGUUCAGAGGGAACCGUUUCACUCUCAAACACCUUGCAGUUUUAAUAAGUACUCGAUGAAAACAAUUUUUUUUUUUUUUUUAAACGUCACUCCGAAUGAUUCUGGCGAAAGGUGAUUGCUUGUAUUUUCAGUUUACUUUUGGAGUUGAAAGUGAACUGGCCCCGAUCCUGCAAAGAUGGAUUGAUCGAUUAUCGACAUCUUGACUCAUGCAUUUUCAUAACGUUGUCACAAUGCAAGUUACCAUGGCUGUACAAAUGAGUAAAGUAAAAAAUAUAUCUAUAUAUAUAAAAAUAUAAACUAUUAUGUAUUUCAGGGAAUGCAAAAAAGAAAACAGUAACUUAUCUCUUUUUCUUUUUUUAAAAAAAAGAGAGAGCUCCUGUAUUCAAAAUGUGCUUUGCUUCAAUCUGUAAAUAGUUGAAUGGCUUAUAAAUCUUAAUUGUAACCUUUUCAGGUAUUUUUGUACAAAUAAGGGACUGAUAUAUUCUGUUUAUUGUAAUUAGAAUAAAACAUUAAUACAUUGAUAUAAAAAA